AUGUGUCGUGUGUGUGUGUGUGUGUGUUGCACCGUGGUGCUGACUGUGGUUGCUGGUGUGAUUGGGCCACAGGUUCUGGUGCCCCUGAGUCUCGCAAAGCACCUCAAAUUUUGGAGCCUCUACUUCAUGCGUUUCUGCCGCUACAACGAACACAACGCCGACAGAUGGUGCCGAGACAACAUGCUCAUCGCCGGGGGCAAGCCGGCGAGUGGCAAAAAGAGCAAGAAGGCCGCGGCCGCGGCCGGUCUCGGCAACGCCACUGCGACCGCCGACGGCCAGCCGCCGCCGGACGACCUUCUGCAGCACCUGGCCGAGCGGGAGCGGUGGAAGAAGGAGCUGGCCGGCCGCGAGGCCGAGGCCAAGCGGAUGAAACGGCUGGCCGAGAAGCACAUGGAGCACGCGCUGCGGCUCAAGUCGCGCUUGGCCUACGAGCGCAAGCGCGCCGCGUUCUUUCUGGAGCGGCUCGACCAGGCCACGCACCAGGGCAGCGACCAGCUCGAGCUCGAGUGGAAGGCCGAGUGGAAGCAGCGGCGCGAGGCCGGCGCCACGGCCGACGAUGACGACGACGACGACGACUUAGACGAUGAUGACGACGAUGAUCUUGACUCGGAGUCGGACGGCAGCGAGAUCGACGGCGGCAAGAAACACAGCGGCCAGCACAAGAGUACGAAAGCGACGGCAAACAAGAAAACGAAGACGAAGAAAAAGAAGAAGAAGAAAAGUAAGGAGGAGGAGCCGGACGAGCUGGUCGAGUUCUUCAUUCGUUCGCCGGGCCAGCGACGCAUUCCCGCCGCGCCGUCGUCGCUCGUCCCGCCGCUGCCGGCGCUCUCGGCCUCGUCGGUAGGACCCAGCCCCAGCAACUCGCCUCGGCCGCCGAUGCCGUCGCCGCCGUCGCGUCGCCCGCCACCGCCACCGCUCGGUGGCGCGUCGUCGGCGACGACCACCCCGUCGCCUCCCUCGUCGAACCCGUCGUCGGCCUCGUUUUCGCCGUUGCCGUCGCCCUCGACCCGGCCACCGCCCAUUCGCUCGCCGCCCUACGCCCUGGCCGCGCCCCUUGCCGCCGAGCCCGCUCCGCCCGCCACCGCCGCCGCCCCCUCGCCCAUGUCCUUCGGCGUUGUACGAGCGUUCGGCCAGACGGCAGUAGCGCCGCCGGCAAUGUCGCCGCGCAGUGCGGCGGCGGACGAGAGCCUUGGCGCCGUCCCGAUGCCCGAGGGCAAGCUCUCACUUCACCGCCAGAUGGGCAAAAAGCUGAUCCCCUUCCUCAUGCGCCGACCCACCAGGGAUGACCUGGUGGCGCGACGCAUCCUGCUGCCGGCCGAGGAAGACAUCCUGAUGGCACUCAACGGCGAGGGCCGGGGCAGCAUCGACGAGACAACCACUACGGGCAGCCCCUACACGUCGCACGGCGCCGACGAGUCCGAGGACGACGACGCCGGCACGCGGACGCCGACUAGCUCCCCGGCGGUGCUGAUUGAUGACGUGGACGACAUGGCCGAGACCGACCGCGACUUCCUCCUCCGCGCGGCCUCGUCGGCGGCCGCCGGCAGAAACAAGGGCAGCUACAGCAGCAGCAACACAUCAUCGGGCGCUGCUGACGUGGCAUCGCCGCAGCCGCCAGCGCCGUCGCCGUCGUCGACGUCGAGCCUGGCGUCGGGCUCGUCGUGGCUGUCGUCGUCCCAGGCGACGCGCGGCAAGAUGGCGGCGCCGGCCCACGUGCCCUUCACGCCGGCGCACCAUCGCAACGGCAACGGCCCCGCCGGGCCACAGCUGCAAUCGCAGCAGUCGGCAGCGGCGUCGUCGCUGCCGGAGCCCAAGCGCGGGCUGAUCCAGCGCUUCGUCUCGGAGAAGAACAUCACCUCCACCAACAUCAACAAGGUACGAUUCAACGCUCAUGACACGACACACACGACACACACGACACACACGACACACACGACACACACGACACACACGACACUCAUUCACUUCUUCUUUGUACCUGCAGGCCGGGUCACGACCAUGAAAACAGCGAGUUAUGUAGUUGAUCUUAUCUUUUAUUCAUAUAUUCGAAUUCUCAUGUGUUCUGUGGAACGGUAA